GGAUGAUGAGUGACUGUUCAGGACAAGGCUAGCUUUUUUUUUUUGUUUCAUACAGGCUAGCAUCAGUCCUCUUAUUAGCCUACUUUUUUGUUAAGUAAUCAAGUAAGCGUAAUUUUAAAGCCAAAAGUCAAAAUGAAUAUGCUUCACCCGACGAAACGGGCCGCGUUUAACGUUAUGAGCUUUAUUCUUCCUCAAAAUGGAGUCGUGGAGGGACCGAUGCACUACGGCUCGGGUGAUUCCUCCCCGCAGCUAGCCAUGGGCUCUUCUUUAGAUUCUCAGAACGGAAACGUUGGGCCCAGCGACACUCCAAAACGGCCUAAGCUUCUGGGAGUGAAGUCUAACGGGUUUGUACCAAAAAGCUUUCAAGACAACAGCGAAGAAAUCGAGGACGGCUCGCUGCCAUGUACGCCGGAGUUGGACAGUCCAAUCGAUGUCUCCAGUUGCCCAGCAGGGGAUGAAGUCUUGGAGAAUGACACGAGGCAACUGAUCAGCAGUUUUCUGAUAGACUUUACUGGACUUACUAAACUUCCGCGGAAAGAAAACAAAGCACUAUCAACAAUGAAAAGAGUUGUGGAGGACGUUUUGGAAAAACACAGAUACGCAUACAAUGGUAUGAUCAACAAACUGUCAUUGGAUGACACAGGAGAUGAUGCCAGUUUUGUAAGCUCAGUAGCCAAGAGCCUCUUUGCAGAUGGAACCACCAACUGGGGUCGUAUUGCCAGCCUGGUUGCCUUUGGGGCAGCUGUGUCUCAGUACCUGAAGGAGAAAGGCAGGGGCAACUGUGUGGAGCUUGUGGGAAAGGAAAUCUCCACAUACCUACUGUCUUAUCAGCGGGACUGGCUGGUCAAAAACAACUCAUGGGAUGGCUUUGUUGAUUUCUUUCGAGUAGCAGACCCAGAGUCCACAGUGAGGAACACACUCAUGGCCUUUGCUGGAUUAGCAGGCCUUGGGGCAACAGUGGCCCUGCUGAUCAGGUGAAUUUGUUGGACACCCAGAGACUUCUUUUUUUAACAACACGUUUGGACUUGAGACUAAGGACAUUGACUCUUAACUGCUGAUAUGAUCAUCUUUUUCUUGGGCUCCCUUCCACCCUCAAUUGCAAAAUAAGUGCAUUUUUUUAUUUUUGCUGUGGACGUAAAGGGACAGACAACAGGCGACUUUCAAACAAUUAGGUUUUAUUUAAUUUACAAAGAAUUUUAUUUUUCUAAUAAAUGUAAAAUGUCUUACUCAAAUUAAAAUAGGCAGUCAGUUGACCUGAUCUUUGCUUUAUUGUGUUUAUGCAUUCUUCUAUCACAAUUUCCAAGCGGUAAUGGUGUUUUUGUUCACAAGACCUAGGCCAAACCAGGAAGGGAAAGCUACGUUUUUCCAUAUCAUGCAGUCAUGAAGCCCAUUUCCAUAGACUCUAUUUAUAACCCCUGCCUGGAUCCCCUUUUGUAUGGACACUUUACAUUUGCGGGCAGGAGGUGGCGGAUUUGCAUGGGUGUAGCUCAACUUCCUGCUUAUGAAAAUGUUGGAUCUGCUCUAAGAGACGAGAUCAGCCACAUGCAGGACUUUUGGCUGUACAGCAGUGUGGAAACUUUGAGUCUGUUGGAAGGAAUGAACAAGGACUGAGUGGGGGGAAAUGAGGAUUGCAUUUGUCAUCUGCACCAGGGCUCAAAGUGGCUUGGGAAGAAUGCCUGGCAUCAGAUAGAGAAAGCAGACUAUGAUUAAUAGUACAGAUCCAGAUGUAAGCUUUGAAAUAAAAAAGAAAUAUAAUUCAAA